AGUACAGUAUAAUUUGAAAGUACUUGUUAAUUAAUGACUGAAUGACAUCACACAGAACCACGUCUGUGGUACUUUGUGUACAAGUACACAUUCUUUAAAAUUAGCAGUACAACAGUGUACAAAUACUGCAGUACAAGUAACAAACAGAACAAUGUACAGAAGUAUUGUCUGAAACUGAUGACAUCAUCUGUGAUAAAAUAAGAUGGAGUACAAUAAUUGAAUGUGUUUUAUAUUUAGUGUACUCUAUAACGGUUUAUGUAUUAAUGUGUUUCAUAUUUAAUAUAUUCAUUUAUAUAUUGAUUAUGUAACAUGUUGAUCUGAUUUAGACUUCAAAGUGGGAAAUUAAAUAUUACCAAAAUGAAACUACAAGUAAAUAGAAGUAAAAGUAAAUAAAAGGACAAAUAAAAUAAAACAUAAAUAAACCAAACCAACAAAAGAAAACUUUGUUUUCCUCAAUAAACGUUCCAGUGGAGGAAACAGCGCCACUCCGCCGUUGGCGUCCACUCAGUGGUCACAGCGCGUAUUACACCUGCAGCUCCGCCGCUGUAACGGUUUGUUGUUCAGCUUCUCCUGCUCCGGCACGGCCACGCAUCGCGCAUGCGCAAUGAGAUGAAUGGUCGUUAAUCCUCCGCUCGGUACAGUAACCGGAGGAAGUAGCAUGCUCAGCGGACCGGACCGCUCAGUCUGAACUGUCGGGACUUGCUCUCCUGCUCCGGGUUCUGGUUCUGGUUCUGGUUGGGCCUCCGGAAGAUAUCUCCGCUGCGCAGUGAGUGAAUGCGGGCAGAGCGCACGGAGCUGUCAGCUGAGGCUCCGUGAGGCUCCGUGAGGCUCCGGGAGGCUCCGGGAGGCUCCGUGCACGUCCACCCUGACUGCAAUGGGAUGCUGCGGGAGCGCGGAGAGGACAAAGAGAGAAUGGAGACCGCUGGAGGACCGGAGCUGCACCGACCUGCCCUGGUUCCUGCUCUUCACCGUCUUCUGCUUUGGCAUGGGCAGCAUCUGCAGCUUCACCAUCGUCACCGGCGGCGCCGCUCGCCUCGUCUUCGGGUACGACAGCUACGGCAACACGUGUGGACAACGCAACGAGCUGAUCGAGGGCGUCCGGCUGAGCGGCCUCGAUCACACCGACAGGAAGUUUGUGUUCUUCCUGGACCCUUGUAACGUGGACAUCGUCCAGAGGAAGAUCAGGUCCAUGGCUCUGUGUGUGUCUCUGUGUCCCACCGAGGAGCUGAAGACCUACCAGGACCUAAAGAGGUUCGCCAUGGUCAACGGUUCAGAGUUGUGUUCCUACGAGUUAGCGGGUCAUAAAUACCCCAGUCUACCUGAGAGGGUCUCUAAAUGUCCCAAACUUCCUGUUCCCCCCAGUAAGCCGUUGCCGGUGUUUAAUCGCUGCACUCCGGUGGAUAUUUCCUGCUAUGCUAAGUUUGCGGAGGCCGUGGUGACAUUUGUGGGCGAUAACAGUGUUCUGCACCGACUGAUCGCCGGCGUCGCCGCCAGUAAAGAGAUCAUCAUCGGCCUGUGUGUCCUCGCUCUGGGCCUCUCUAUGAUCCUCAUGGUGAUCAUUCGUUACAUCUCAGCCGUCCUCGUCUGGAUCCUCACCUCACUGGUGGUCCUUGGAUCCCUCGCGGGGACCAGCGUCCUCUGGUGGCUCUACAUCGACCACCGGCUGUACGGGAACCACACCACCAAUAAAGAGAAGGAGGACGUAGAGGUCAGCAGAGACAGUGGACAGGCUCUGCUGGUCUACGCCGGGGCCUCCACCGUCUUCACCAUCAUUCUACUGCUGCUGAUGCUGUUCAUGAGGAAGCGAGUGGCUCUGACCAUCGCUCUGUUCCACGUGGCGGGUAAAGUCUUCAUCCACCUUCCCCUCCUCACCCUGCAGCCCUUCGUCACUUUCCUCGCCCUCCUGCUCUUCUGGAUUUACUGGAUCCUGGUCCUGCUCUUCCUGGGAACCAGCGGGAACUCCGUCCAGAACGAGGAGACGGGUCUGACAGAGUUCAGACUCACGGGUCCUCUGCAGUACCUGACCUGGUACCAUGCGGUGGGUCUGGUCUGGAUCACCGAGUUCAUCCUGGCCUGCCAGCAGAUGACUGUGGCCGGAGCCGUGGUCACCUACUACUUCACCAGGGACAAGAACCGGCUCCCGGUGACCCCGAUCCUGUCGUCUAUCCUGAGGCUGGUGAGGUAUCACCUGGGAACGGUCGCUAAGGGAGCCUUCAUCAUUACCCUGGUGAAGAUCCCCCGACUCUUCCUCAUGUACAUCCACAACCAGCUCAAAGGAAAGGUACAAAACUUCAUUAACAGCUCAAAGGAAAGGAAC